CUAAUAUAUAUAUAUAUAACCGUUAAAAAAUAUGAAUUGAAGACUAUCGGAUAGAGCUCACUGACUCCUCAUUAGCAGCCACUGAGCGGCCAGUUCUGAUUGCUGGGAGGGGCGAAGCAGUUGAUAUAGAAAAAAAAAGAUGAGAGGCUGGCUGCUAGCAACCACGUGCUGCAAUACUUGAGCCAUCGCAGGGGCCCGUUUCUCAAGGUCGUCGCCGGCGUGGCGUACGGGUGGCGAGAGGAGUUUCGCUGGCGGGCAUGAGAAAUAACAUAAGUGGCCCAUUCUGCCGAGGAACAUGCACCCAUAUCUAGUCGGGCGUGAUGGAAGCCGGCUUGAACUUUAUCAUGGCCGUCGUCACCACAGUGGCCUACACCAGUAACGAUCCAAUGUGUGGAACUGCCUCUGUGACAACAAGGCACUAUGCCGGCGUCUCCACUUCCAAAGAAGUCACUCCCGUACGAUGGCCUUGGAAUGUGGCCAUCCACACCAGUUCUAGGUUCCGGCCCGAACAGUUCUGUGGAGGUGCGCUCAUCACAGACCAACACAUCCUCACGGCGGCGCACUGCGUGGAUGAAGCAACUAUCGAUGCUGUACGCGUUCAUCUCGGAUCUUGGCGGAGAAACCUGUUAGACAAGGGAGAAAUCGCCAUGCCUGUAAAAGAGCUGUGCGUUCACCAAAACUACACCGGAUAUGACAAUGACAUCGCGAUUAUAAAGCUCGCUAAGCCCGUCAACUUCACGAGUACUAUCAGACCGGCGUGCCUCCCUGAAAAGAAGGAGCACUCUCCAACUGAGACGGAAGCGUAUGCCACUGGCUGGACGGUCAGAAAGGUGAAGGAAAAGCAUCGAACGAGAAGAAUGCUGCAGGAACUGAAGAUGAUCCUAAUGAACGAGCACCACUGUUCCAAAUACUUUGACAUCAGCCUCCCCGAAAACGUACUCUGCGCAUCGCACAUCUAUGGCUCACUUUGUGAGGGGGACAGCGGUGCUCCAGUGCUGCAGAACAUCGAUGGUCACUGGUACGUUCAGGGAGUGCUUUCCGGCGGCCCGCUCAAAUGCGGUGACGUAACGCUGCCCAUGGUCUUCACGCGGGUCUCCAGCUACGUGGACAGCUUCAUAUACCCGUAUCUGCGUGCCAGAACCUUCAAUCGGAAAGUGCAAGUGUGCACGCUCACGUGAAACAGCGCGCUCCAGGUGUGCGUACACUUCGUGUCACUUGCUGUGUGGACAAACACAGAACUGGUCAUCUCCCAUGUGCCAAAUUUCAUUUGGUCAUCUACUUAAAUUAUAACUUUUGUUACAUGAUGGAAGUGCGUGUGUUUGGUUUUGCUCCGAUAAAGGUACGGCUCCACCCAUCCCUCCAAAAAAAGAAGACGAGAACUUCACAAGUGUCAUUUUCAGUGCUC